AUGUCUGUCCAACAAGGUGCUACCGACAGAGCCCAUGAAGAGCGCAAUGUCCUUUCCGGUGACUACGGAAAAGAUACACCAACCAAUCAAGUUGACAGCGACGACAGUAGUUCCAUUGAAGACGUCGAUGGUGAUUAUGGCUCCUACGGAAACCACGUUUUCUCCGAUCCCAAAGUUGCCGAAUACUGGAGAAAUGUCUACGAGACCGCGACCUAUGAAGGUCGACACCGAUUUGAUCCCGCUUUCACCUGGUCCGCUGCCGAGGAGAAACGAUUGAAAAGAAAGGCUUGUUUUGACUACAACGAUGGCAGGUUGCGGCGGGUGGCUGAUGAUUUCAAACAGGUUGACUUUCGUAUUAUGUCAUGGUGUUGGCUGAUGUUUCUUGCCCUGGAUCUCAAUCGACGAAAUAUCAACAGAGCAAUCAGUGAUAAUAUGCUCCCAGAGCUGGGCAUGAAUACCAAUGACUUCAAUUACGGACAAACCAUUUUCCUGACAUGCUUCUUGUCAGCCGAGCUUCCUUCUGGGCUGAUUUCCAAAAAGCUUGGUCCCGAUAUUUGGAUCCCAUUCAUUAUCACAGCAUGGUCAAUUGUGUCUGCGGCUCAGGCUGCUCUUACAAACAAAACAGGAUACUAUGUCUGCCGAGCCUUACUAGGGCUUUUAAUGGGAGGUUUUAUUCCUGAUACAGUUCUUUACAUAACUUAUUGGUACAAAGCCCGCGAACUCCCGAUCAGGCUUAGCUGGUUUUGGACUGUCCUCAGUACUUGCAACAUCCUUGGAUCACUUUUGGCCGCUGGAAUCCUUCAGAUGAGGGGCAUUCAUGGUUGGGGUGGAUGGCAGUGGCUCUUCCUCAUUGAAGGAGUCAUAACAGGAGUGGUAGGGAUUGCCAGCUGGAUACUCAUGCCAGCAAGCCCCUGCCAAACUGCCAGUCGUUUCCGUGGCAAGAAUGGAUGGUUCACCGAACACGAAGAAAAGAUCCUCGUCAAUCGACUUCUACGAGACGACCCCUCAAAAGGAGAUAUGCACAACAGACAGGCAGUCGGACUGCAACGUCUCUGGAAGUGCUUGAAAGACUACGAUCUGUGGCCUCUCUACUUGAUCGGACUCACCAACUAUAUCCCGCCGAGUCCCCCUUCGAACUACCUCGCAUUCAUUCUUCGACAGAUGGGCUUCAGCACUUUCAACGCCAAUCUACUUACCAUUCCAUCGCAAUUCAUGUUCGGAGUCAAUUUACUUAUCAUCUCCCGAAUUAGCGAAUGGGUCAAUGAGCGAUCCCUUGUGUCGUCAACUUCUGCCAUCUGGAUCUUCCCCUGGCUUGUUGCACUGGUGGCUUUAGGUGCAAAGGCAAGCAAUUGGGUUCGAUAUGCUUUACUAACUGGCCUCCUCUCAUACCCAUACUGCCACGCAAUUCUCGUUGCUUGGAACUCUCGCAACUCCAACGCUGUACGCACGAGAGCGGUGUCUGCAGCGCUGUACAACAUGUUUGUUCAAGCAGGAAAUAUUGUGGGCUCGAAUAUAUACAGAGACUCGGACAGACCUCUUUACCUACGUGGAAACAGAAUUCUUCUCGGCAUCUGCGCUUUCAACAUCACGCUCUUCUUCUUCGUCAAGUAUUACUACAUCACACGCAAUAAAAGACGAGAAGAGGCCUGGAGCAAGCUGACGACGGACGAGAAGCAUGACUAUAUCCACCACACAAAGGACGAGGGAUCGAAACGACUAGAUUUCAGAUUCGUUCAUUGA